AUGCCUCCGAACAUCCUGCUGCACAACCAACCGCGCUCGUUCGAUACAGUUGCCUUGGAAGAGAGCAAUUUUCUGCUUUCGCUUCAACACCAAGAUGCUGCUGAGAGCUUGAGGGAUUCGUUGUGGAGCCAGAGGGAGCCGAUCGCAGCCUUGGUCAGACACCAUCUUCGCCUACAGGAAGAUGACUUCUGCACGGUUCUACCAGUCGACACGUGGAUUCAAGGCGGAUUCAACCUCUGCAUUCUCGUCAUGGUGAUCUCCGGCGACGUGACGAGAGAGCUGGUUUUCCGUUGUCCCAUGCCUCACAAGCUUGCCGAACAACAAUAUCCCGGCACGGUCGACGAAAAAGUCAGUUGCGAAGUGGCUACAUAUGUAUGGAUGCAGGAGUACUCUGACAAAAUCCGGAUCCCAACCCUCUAUGCCUUCGGCUUUGGAGACGGCAAUCAUUUCACCCACGUUGCGCAACGACCGAUUUACACGAGAAUUUGCCAUACCUCCAGGCAGUGGAUGUACCGUCUCCUUCGCUAUCCUUUACUCUCGAAUUACACUCGCAAUACGUCCGCUCCAUCUGUCGAUACCCCAUACGUACUCUUGGAACAUAUUGGCCCUGACACUGGACAAAUGCUUUCAAAUACGUGGUCGCAGUAUAAGGACGAUACUGAUCGACGAAAUCGCUUGUUUCAGGGCAUAUCGCGUGUCAUGCUCUCCCUUGCUCGGCUCCCACAACAACACAUUGGCUCCUUUCGAUUCAACGCCAGCAACGGCACAAUCACACUCUCGAACCGACCUCUGACCUGCACCAUGAUGAUUGCCGAGAACAGCGGAACGCCACGGACAGUUGAGCCUCACCAAAUUUAUCAGGGCACGGAUACAUUUGCCUCCGAUAUGCUCAAACUGCACGAUAACCAUCUGCUUCACGACCCUCACGCUGUGCGAGAUGAGGACGACGCCCGAGAGCGGAUGACAAUCAGGACAUUACUUCGAGCAGUCAUGCACUCCUUCGUCUUGCCCAAUCGUCGGAACGGCCCUUUUCUCCUACAGCUGACCGACUUGCAUCCAAGUAACAUCUUUGUGGAUGACACUUGGAACGUCACUUGUUUGAUCGAUCUUGAGUGGAUCUGCGCGCUUCCAGUGGAGAUGCUGUCAGUCCCAUACUGGCUCACCAACUGUAGCAUCGAUGCCAUCAUUGAUGAGGAGUAUGACCGCUUUGACGAGGCGCGACGGGCGUUUCUUACGAUCAUGGACGAGGAGAGUAAGAGCAUACCGAUGGAACAUGAUGUUCAGAUCACAAGCAGCAUGAGGGAUGUUUGGUCUUCCAAAGGAGUGUGGUUUUGGACUUGUGUAAGGUCCCUGAAUGCUUGGGUUUUCGUUUUUGAGGGCCACAUCCUUCCAAUCUUCUCCGCCAACAAAACGUUGGUUGUCGACCUCAACGAGGUAUCGAGCUUUUGGCAACAGGGGAUUGAGUCCAUUGUGGAAGCCAAAGUUGAUGAUGAGGUGAAGUACCAGGCAAAUCUUCGGGCCCUCUUUGAUAGUACACCUACACCGUAA